ACUGUUUUAAACAAGUUUUAAUCAAGCAGUUUUAAACACAUUGUUUAAAAUAUGCCAACCCUGAUUUCUGCAUUGGAGUUUAUCCUAGCGAUUAAAUUUGUUUUGAACUCUACGUUCUUUACGUUUAAUGGAACAAUUUAUAAACAAACUUAUGGCACGCCUAUGGGUUCCCCGUUAUCUUCCAUCAUAGCUGACAUAGUCCUUCAAGAUUUGGAAGAAAAAGCCCUUUCAACAUUGACUUUCAUUCCAUCUUUCUACUUCAGAUAUGUUGAUGAUAUCGCAAUGACUGCACCAUAUUCUUUUAUGGAUCAUACGCUUAAUGUUUUCAAUUCUUUACAUCCUAGAAUCCAAUUCACCUUGGAAAUUGCUGACAGUGAUAAAUUGAAUUUUUUAGAUAUCUCAAUACUUCUAAUUAACAACCGCUUAAUUACUGACUGGUUCCAUAAGCCUACCUUUUCAGGUCGAUACCUCAAUUUUCUCUCUCAACAUCCGACAUGCCAAAAAAGAGGUACCAUUAUUGGCCUUGUGGAUAGAGCUUUCUUACUUUCACACCCACAAUUUCACCAAAAAAAUUUUGACUUUAUCAUAAAAAUUCUCCUGGACAAUAACUAUCCUUUAGAUUUCAUUUUUCAGACAAUUUUUAACCGCCUCAAAUUUCUGAUCUCUAGUAGGGGCCUUUCAAUUGACGAGGAGAAUGUCAACAAGAAGAUUGUCUCCUAUUUUACAAUCCCUUUCGUCCAUACCAUCUCGCAUAAAUUUAAAAACAUCAUAAAAGAUCUUGACGUUAAGCUUUCUUACUGUAGUCUUAAUAAAUUGUCAUGCUUUAUUAGGAUACAUAAAGACGUCCUUUCCAGUGCAUCGUGCACUAAUGUCAUCUAUAUGAUCAAUUGUGCAGACUGUGAUGCCUUUUAUAUAGGUCAGACAGGCAGGAGAUUACAGACGAGAGUCGGGGAACACCGCAACCACAUACGUAGAAAUACAACAGUUGGUUCGAUGAUUACCGAUCAUAGAUUAGAGUUUGACCAUGAUUUUGACUAGAACCAUGUCCGGAUUUUAGACAGUGAAAAAUAUCUAAACAAACGACUGAUAUCUGAGAUGUUGUUUAUAAGGAGACAAAUUAAUGGUCUGAAUUUACAAACGGAUACCGAGGGCUUGCACCAGACAUAUAUAACUGCGUUGGAUAAACUCCCCAACAUUUAAUGCAUAAGAUAAUCUUUGUGAUUAUUUUCAAGACGCGUUUUGAUUUCUUCCAUCCCGAUAUAAAUACAUAUUCGAUCGUGUAACGAGUUGUUGUGUUUACUCUUAUGUCACCGAGGACCAGUGACCUAGCACUGUAUACACACAAGUUUAAAGUCUCGUGAAACAUCUUAUUGUUAGAGAUAACUUGGUCUUUAAAGUAUCGUGGAUAAAUAAUUGUUUCGCGUCAUAUACUCAUUAUUGUGAUAGAUCUGUUGCAUUUGUAUAUAUUGAUUCAGCAGUCGUUCGUCGGUGAUCAAUCACUGGCUCAUCUACCCUACAUACAGGAUGGACAGAGAGAUAGGAAACUGGCCGCGCGUGUAAAUCGAUCAUGUUCGAGACAAGCAGACUGGAUAAAGAUGGAGAUUGUGGAGACCGCUAACAAGUGUAAGAGCGAUUGGAAGUCCAGCGUAUGACCCCCGGUAAACAACGGUGUUUCGCAAGAUAUAAAAAACACGCGCGAAGAUCCAGGAAGAAGAAGAACGUGCGUGAGUGCGUGUGAAUCGAUCCGCUUGCGCGAGAGACAGACGGAUGAGACAGGGUCGCACUGAGAGGGAUGGGACCCGAUGCUAAAUUAAAGGGCGACGCGCGGCGGACGCGAAGGCGGAUGUGCCUCGAGAGUAAAACAGGAUGGCAGGGUAGAGGGAAGGGUAAAGAUAGGUGGCUAACUCUCUGCGUUAGAUAGGUAGGUGAGAGAAAGAUGCGAGGGUUAGCUCGCGGAUCAAAGCACGUGGCUCUGUUCUCGGCU